UACUAACUUUUAAUCAGAAAAAAUUCGAUCUCCUUAAGCUUACAAAACUGCCGAACUCGAAGCUGCUUAUGAAUCCUGUCUUUCUCGGGGAACUAUGCACAGGCUAGCGCCAGGCAAAACUUCCAGCAUUAAGGUAGGUUCGUGUGACUACUCAACACUAGGUAGAAGGUUCAUUUCCAUUCCAAGAAGAAAGAAACAAACAAAAAAAAACGCUCUGCUGAGCUUCACGCAAAAAGCAACUUGUUCUAGCAGAGCCAUGUCUACUACGCCUAUGGAUGUGGACUUCCUCUCCAUCAGCUUCAACGUCCCACUUCCCAACCGGAAGGAGGUAGCAGCGGCUCUCAAAGUGAUCAACAAGCACUCACGCGUACAAAAUCUUCAACCUAGCACAAAUUGGCUAUUCCCGUCGUUUUUGGUGUAUGCGUACCCUAUCCGGCCGGCAAGCUAAACUUCUAUCAUAACAAAUAUCGGCUGC